GGAAGAUGGCUUCUUUUUUAUUUUGUAGUUUAAAAAGUGUUAAAAGAAUGGUAGUUUUUUGAGGAAAUGCCGCAAGAAUAAUUGCUUUUGCUUAUCUUCUUCAAGACAUAAGCAUGUGACCCAUCUCUCAAAUAAUGGAGCCCCAUUUCUGGCAACCCCAAAACCUGCCUCUUCCAUACCAACUCACAAUGCCCAUAAAGUGAAGCUGUGUGAGUGAGAGAGGGAAAAAAAAAGAAGAAAAAAAACAGUGAAUGAAUCAAAAACUUUGGAUUUCAGUUACAUUACACAUUACAUUUCCGGGAAUUUGUAUUGUUUUACGUGCGGGCGUUUCAAUGGUGUCAGAUCUUUUGGCUCUUUGGUGAAGAAGAUAUGGUGAAAAAGCAAUAUCCUAUCGACCCUUCUUCUCUCUGUUUCCAAUAUCAAAAACCCAUGUUCUAAUCUCUCUCUCUCUCUCUCUCUCUUUUUCCUUCUGAGAGAGAACUCCAUUUCAAAUGCUACUUCAUUGAUUUUCUUGUGGGGGUUUGUUCUUUUUUCUUUUCAUUCUCUGUUUAUUGGGAUUUCUUUAUGAGACCCUUUUUUCCCUCCUGGGUUCUUGUUGUUCAGAUCUACCAGUUAGCUGAGACUGUGGGUUGGAGAUAAAGGUUGAUUCCAGUUUCUUAGAGGAAUUUCCCGUUGGGUUUCUUUGGCUCUCGCUUUCUGAUGCGCCUAUUAGUUUGGUUAAGGUAAUACAAGUUUUUCUGGAGUUGGGGAGUUCAAUUACUGAAUGGGUUUUGAUGUGUUUAUGAUUCCUUUUUGUUUAUGAGCGUUGGCUGAAAAUAUAGUUGAUAUUUUCUUUUUGCUUUAUAUCGAAAGAGCAUAUAAUUAUUUGGGAAGAUGGGGAAGUUUCAAAUCCGGAAAUUCUUGAUUCCAUUUCUACUUCUGAUGAUUUCUGAGUAUUUACAAACUGGAGAUGCCAAAAUCAAUUCCCUUUUCAUCAACUGUGGCUCAAGUUCAAAUGAAACUGCUGAUGGUAGGAAAUGGAUUGGCGACCUGAUUUCAGAAGGGAACUUUUCUGUGGGCAAUCUUGGUGCUAAUAUCAAUGCCUCCACAGCCACUUUAAAUGGCGAUUCAGUCUUUGAUCCGCUGUAUAAAACUGCUAGGAUAUUUACUAAUUCCCUGAACUAUACGUUUAAUGGCGUUUGGGGCAAUCAUGUUGUUCGGCUUCAUUUCUGUCCCUUCCCUUUUGAGAACUUAAAUGUGAACGAUUCAUCAUUUUCUAUCUCAGCAAAUGGUCUUAGAUUAGUUUCAGAGUUCAGUGUUCCCAACGAGAUUGCAUAUAAGAAUAUGGAGUUUCAGCGUUCGGGGGUCAAUUCAAGUUCAUUCUCUUUGAUUAAAGAGUUCAUUAUUUCUGUCAAUUCAGAAGCAUUUGUUCUUGAGUUCUCCCCUUCUGAAGGAUCAUUUGGGUUCAUCAAUGCUAUUGAAAUCGUUUCCCUGGUGGAUGAGCUUUUUGGAGGUUCCAUUGAUAAGGUGGGUGGAAGUGCUGUUAGUUUGAAUGUGAGUGAAAGGGGAACUGAAACUAUGUACAGGUUGAACGUUGGAGGGCCUGUGAUCAAGCCCACUCAAGAUUCAAAUCUAUGGAGGAUGUGGGAAGUGGACUCGAGCUAUAUGAUUACAGCAAAUGCUGGGUCUGAGGUACAUAAUAGUUCUAAUGUAACAUAUGCAUCCACGAAUGACUCCAUUGUAGCUCCUCUCUCUGUGUAUGAAACAGCCAGAACAAUGUCUGAGACUGAAGUCCUCGAGAAAAGGUUCAACAUGUCGUGGAAAUUCGAAAUUCAUCCUGGUUUCGAGUAUUUGAUUAGAUUGCAUUUCUGUGAGCUGGUGUAUGAGAAGGCAAGAGAGAGGGUUUUCAAGAUUUACAUAAACAACAGGACUGCAGUUGAGAGUUUUGAUGUGUUUGUACGUGCUGGGGGAAUGAACAGAGCAUAUCAUGUGGAUUUCCUUGAACCAAUUUCGUCCAAAAUCAACACCCUUUGGAUUCAACUAGGCCCGGAUACGGCUGCAGGUGCUGCAGGAACAGAUGCUCUCUUGAAUGGUUUGGAAAUCUUUAAGCUGAGUCAAAAUGGGAAUCUUGCGUACAUUGACAGGUUUAAUGCCUUGGAGGAAUCAAAGGGAAACUCAAAAUCUCAAAUUCUCUGGAUAGGCAUUGGAGCAGGUUUAGCCUCUGUUGUUUUCCUUGCUGUUAUUACCAUUCUCAUCAUCUAUUUCUGCAGAAUCCGGAGAAGGAAAUUUACAAAGAAGAACUCUUCUGGGUGGAGAGGAGGAUCCAGUCAUGGGGCCACCGUCACCAACACUUAUGCCAGAGGGUCUGUGGGGGGAGGCCAAAGUGUGUUCGGGGCCUUGCCAUCUAUCAGAGUUGGCAAAUGGUUUACAUUAGCAGAGAUUCUUGCAGCGACAGAUAACUUUGAUGAAGCUCUGAUGAUCGGAGUUGGGGGUUUUGGUAAGGUCUACAGAGGGGAGAUUGAUGAUGGUACUCUUGUGGCAAUCAAGAGAGCAAACCCCCAGUCUCAGCAGGGACUUGCUGAGUUCGAAACUGAAAUCGAAAUGCUUUCUAAACUUAGGCAUAGACAUCUGGUGUCAAUGAUAGGCUUUUGUGACGAGCAAAAGGAAAUGAUCUUGGUUUACGAAUAUAUGGCGAAUGGCACUCUUAGAAGCCAUCUCUUUGGGAGUAAUCUCCCACCUUUGACGUGGAAGCAGAGAUUGGAAGUGUGCAUUGGUUCAGCCAGGGGACUCCAUUAUCUUCACACAGGAGCUGAGAGAGGAAUAAUCCACAGAGAUGUGAAGACGACCAACAUACUCUUGGAUGAAAACUUUGUUGCAAAAAUGUCUGAUUUUGGUCUUUCAAAAACAGGUCCUGCUUUGGAUCACACUCAUGUUAGUACUGCAGUUAAAGGCAGCUUCGGCUACCUCGAUCCGGAGUACUUCAGGCGGCAGCAACUGAGUGAAAAAUCUGAUGUUUAUUCUUUUGGUGUGGUAUUGUUAGAAGUUGUUUGUGCAAGAGCUGUUAUAAACCCAACUUUGCCUAAGGAUCAGAUAAAUCUUGCAGAAUGGGCAAUGAAAUGGCAGCGCAAAAAGUUGUUGCACACCAUCAUAGACCCACAUCUUAAAGACAAAUAUUGUCCCGAAUCUCUAAAAACAUUUGGAGAAAUAGCAGAAAAAUGCCUCGCUGAUGAAGGGAAGAUUCGUCCAACAAUGGGCGAAGUUUUAUGGCACCUAGAAUAUUCUCUGCAACUCCAUGAUGCUUGGAUACGCACUAAUGAUGCUCAGAGUUCUUUCGCAGUAAACUCAGAAGGAGCACAAGCUGAGGAACAGAGGCUAAAUCUUGAUGGGGAAGAGGAAAGCUCCAACACGAAAGCUUCAACUCCAACUGAUCACUCAUCCUAAUAGAUUUGGUUACAUAACCAGUAAGGCCAACUGCCUUCUGCCUAUAUUCAAUUAAAUUUUUAUUUUUUUGUUAUAUUCUUUUGAAUUUCUUCUUCCAUUUAUAGAAGUAUGAAUCCUAGAUUUUCCUGUUGCCUGGCUGCAUUACUGUGUAUUGCUCAAAUUGUAAUUGAUUAUACGCGAUUGGCUUCUCUGCUUGUCCACUUGGACUGGUUGUCUUGUGCAAAUCAUCAUGGCAUUUCUUUAUACACAACUUUCAAAUUUUUGCUCAA